UGAUGAGGACAAUAUACCUCUAGCAGAUUUGCGAUUCAGAGAAGACCUUUCUGUUAUGGAGAGCACACUUUCUCUUAUCCAUACAAUGUUUCCCCAGGCAAACUUCAACACAGAUGAUUUGGAAGUAUGGAACAGUGUAGACAAUGUACUUGCAGAAGAGAACCCGAGUGCUGAAAAUGAACUAGCCAUAGAAAUUUCGGAAGAGGAGGAAGGUGAUACCGCUGUAGUUGUAGCUGUGCCGCCAAUAAAGCAUACUGACGCUAUCGACUGCUUUGAGAAGUGUAUCAAAUGGUCUGAAGAAAACAUCGUAGAACAGGAAAAAAUAUUUUUAUUGAAAAGCCUACACCAAGCACAGGAUCUCAAAAUUUCUCGCCCACAAAAGCAAAUGAGCAUAACACAUUUCUUUUCAGUUGAAUAA